AGAAAAAAUGCAUAAUAUAAAAUGCCAUCGAACGUAUGUAUACAUUAAGUACCCAACAUUCAACAUCUCACCACCGUAGUAAACAUACACCGCCAAAAUGUCCGGAGAAACGCACUCGCCGACACAGCAGAACUCAAAAUGCAACGGUUCAAAACAGCACAUCAUGGUGUUUCCAUAUCCAGCACAAGGUCACUUGCUUCCGCUUCUCGACUUAACCCAUCAACUCUGUCUGCAUGGCGACAUCACUGUCUCAAUCAUCGUAACACCUAAAAACCUUCCUUACCUCUCUCCUCUCCUCACCGCUCAUCCAUCCGCCGUCUGCGCCGUCACUUUUCCUUUCCCGGAGAAUCCUUCUCUCCCUCCAGGCGUUGAAAACGUCAAAGACACCGGUGCUUCCGGAAACCCUCUGAUUAUGGCUUCUCUUCGUCAGCUUCGAGAGCCAAUCAUCAACUGGAUAAGUUCUCAUCCGAAUCCUCCGGUCGCCAUCAUCUCUGACUUCUUUCUAGGAUGGACCAACGAUCUCGGUAUCCCUCGCUUUGCUUUCUUUAGCUCCGGAGCAUUCUUAGCUUCGACUCUCCAUUUUUUCUCUGACAAGAUUCAUCUAUUGGAGUCAAAUGAGCCGGUCUGUUUCUCGGAUCUUCCUCGUUCCCCUGUUUUCAAGACAGAACAUCUCCCGGCUUUGGUCCCACAGUUUCCGUUAUCGCAAGAUCUCGAGACUUUUAGAGACACGACCAUGAAUUUCUCGAGCUAUGGUUGUGUUUUCAAUUCUUGUGAGUGUCUGGAAGAGGAGUACAUGGAGUAUGUGAAGCUGAGAACGGGUCAUGACCGUGUUUUUGGUGUUGGUCCGCUUCCUUCAAUCGAGUUAGGUAAGGGAAACUCCUUUUCCAGUGUAGACGUGGAGGCCUUGAUGAGUUGGCUCGAUGGAUGUCCAGACGGAUCUGUGCUCUACAUCUGCGUUGGAAGCCAAAAAGUGUUGAGUAAAGACCAGUGUGAUGCUCUGGCUCUUGGACUUGAAAAGAGCAUGACCAGGUUUGUGUGGGUGGCUAAGGCAGACCCGAUACCGGAUGGGUUUGAGGAUCGGGUUGCGGGUCGAGGAAUGGUUGUUAGAGGAUGGGCUCCUCAAGUGGCUGUGUUGAACCAUGUAGCGGUUGGUGUGUUUUUGAGCCAUUGUGGAUGGAACUCGGUUGUGGAAGCGGUGGCUAGCGGAACCAUGAUCUUGGCUUGGCCCCUGGAGGCAGAUCAGUUUGUGGAUGCAAGGUUGCUGGUGGAGCAUAUGGGUGUGGCUGUUAGGGUCUGUGAAGGGGGAGAGACUGUGCCGAACCCGCAUGAGUUAGGUAAGGUUCUAGCUGAAACAAUGGGUGAGUGCGGACGCGAGGUGCGUGGUCGGGCUAAGGAGAUGGGACAGAAGGCAAGAGCUGCCACUGAAGCAGGAGGAAGCUCUAAUGCAGAUUUGGAGAGACUUGUAAAAGAAUUGGCCUCUUUAUAAAGGUAAGUAUAUGAUUCCAAAUGAUGUCAAAGCCUUUCAAGAGGUUUAUCCAAAUAAAAAUGUAUGUGUCAUUGUUUACAAGGUAUUUACUAUGAUUGUGCA